AUGCUCAACCGAUUGUGCCGCGUGGUAGCGCCAAAGCACUUGGAUUCUGUUAAAUUAUCUCACCAAGACGUCUACGAUGAGCUGCACCGAACCAACCAAGAAGAAGGUUGGUGUAGUGACGAUGGGGCACUACGAGACGGCGGGGCUCUCAACCUAUUUUCGUCGGAAUCGUGUGGCUUGUUGGCGCAAUAUGCCACAGUUGGAUUGAUGAUGGGGGCGCUACCCAGUACAAUUACGCCUUUUUUAGGUUAUUACCUCAAUAUGGAAGGUCAAGUCACAACUUCUGCCCGUGCGCUGCUUGGAAUUCCAUGGUCCGUCAAAGUUUUUAUUGGAAUACUUUCAGAUUGCUUCCCCAUCUGUGGCUUCCGCCGUCGGCCAUUCAUGGUCAUUGGUUGGACUCUUUGCCUCACUUGUCUUGUCGUGAUGGCCACAUUUCCAUUGGAUAAACCUUACUUUCCUGAGGCCUCAUGGCGACAAAUGAAGCCGAGUAGUUAUACUAUCGAGGAAGUCGCUGCUAUCAACUAUCAUGCUCCUGCUACUGGAAGCAAGUACGUCGUAUUAAUGAUGCUAGCGACGCUGGGAUACGUGAUCGCAGACGUGGCAGCGGAUGGUGUGGUUGUCGAGUACGCACAGCGCGAGCCUAUUGUGAUGCGAGGACGGACUCAGACUGCAAUCUACACUGUUCGAAGUAUCUUUAGCAUUUUCGGGAGUAUUGUGGUGGGAUUUGGCCUUAGCUCACCACAGUAUGGUGGAGAAUUUAACUUCGGCAUUUCCUUUCCUAUGUGCAUGUUAAUUCUAGCGGUCUGUUGUGUACCUGUGAUUCCAGUGACAUGGUCCUACGUCGCAGAAACGCGGGUGAUCACACCCAAAUUACGCACUUACAUGAGCAACUUGUGGGAGACGCUGCAGAGUCGAGCAGUCUACCAAGUUAUUGCGUACAGCUUUUUCUCGGGAGUACUUAGUAAUAUUAGCUACGUGGCUUCCGACCCGGUUACGAUGUAUUGGGCUCGUGCGACGAGCUUCAAUAUCUCAAUCUCUCAAAUUAUUGCUUCGGGAGUGACAGCCAGCACUCUAGCGUUGAUGGGACGAUAUGGGCUAGAUUGGGACUGGCGUCAUGUGAUUAUCUUCACGACAGUCGCUGUGGUUGGAAUUGAUGCGAUGUGUACAAUGCUCACAACGUGGGAUAUCAUACGCAACCAGUGGUUUUGGCUUGGUUUGCCCGUUGUAGAGAGUAUUCCUUUGGGUAUUAACUUCAUCGUCUCAAGCUUUGUAGUCGUUGAGCUAGCAAAUGAGGGUAAUGAAGCUGCUAUCUACGGUUUAUUAACAACGGUCGGUAAUCUGAGCAACCCAUUUUCGGCUACCCUUACCAAGGCAAUCAAUAAAUCGUUUGCAGUCAGUAACCGGGACAUAUUGAACGAUUCGCACUCGACCCGUGGCAAUGUUACCAUUGCUGUCCUUAUCUCGUACACGUGCAAACUACUUUCUUUAGUAUUGCUCGUCUUGCUGCCGCGACAGAAGAUUGAAACACAAAAGCUGAAGCGCAACGGUUGCCGAAGUAGUCUGUUUGGUGGCAUCACCAUUGCGUACUGCAUGGUCGCGUUGACUUGGUCACUUUUGAUCAAUUUGCUGGGCAUUUUUGAAAACACAAGUAUCAUGCCCGUAUCUCCUGCCGACCAAGUGACGUAUUUGCGCUCGCUCCCAUCAAUUCGCGAUGGAUGCCAUCGUGUCUUAUCCCUUGCAAUCAAAGACCAGCUGCCUAACUUUUCGGUGGACGAGACCAAAACUUUAGCGCUUGCUGAUUAUGUCGUCAGCGUCAUUCGGCAGUCAUAUCCUACACCCAACGAGGUCAAUGUCCCAUUUCACUCGCGUUGGCGCCACUUCGAGACUGGGAAUCUGCAUCGCGUUGGUAAUAUGACGGCAUCGUGGAGUUGCGAUAAAUUGGAGAAGGCUCGCCGUUUACUUGAUCUGGCACUCGUAAGUGUCUUGCUGGAUGCUGGGGCUGGACCGAUGUGGAAGUAUCAGGAACCAGGAACUCAGGACUUUUAUAGUCGCAGUGAAGGCCUAGGUAUUGCCAGUUUUCACAUGUUUUUGGCGGGGAAGUUUUCGGUCGAUCCGAAGAAAGAGCCACAUCGAGUGGACGCGAUAGCACUGGCUAAUUUGGCCGAUGACGGAAUUGCAAUAGCUUUUCAAGCGUCAGAUGCAAACCCAUUGGUUGGAUGCGCUGGAAGAACGGAAAUGCUGAAGCGUUUAGGGACAUGUCUUCGUAAUUACCCUGAGUUCUUUGCUGGAGCAGACGGUUCCAUUCGACCAGGAAAUAUGGUGGAUUAUUUGACGAGACACCAGGGAGAGAACGGUGAAGUGUCAAUUACGGAACUCUGGAAGGUCGUAUUGUAUGGACUUCAAGACAUUUGGCCUUCAAACCGAAUUCAGAUUGAUGGACAAAACAUGGGUGAUGUUUGGGAGCUGGCCUACUUGCCGGAACAUGAAAAGGCCGGCAGGUUUGUGAGCUUCCACAAGCUCACACAGUGGCUGACUUACUCACUAAUGGAACCGCUUCAAGAUGCUGGAUUCAAGAUCACAGAUCUUAACCUGAUGACUGGAUUACCUGAGUAUCGCAAUGGUGGCCUUUUGGUGGAUUUUGGUGUGCUGGUUCCCAAAUCGGCUAAAAUCAUGACGGACGAGUUUGAUCCAAGCGCGGAUGUAAUUGUCGAAUGGCGUGCGCUCACGGUUGCACUUUUGGACAAACUUCACGUGAUGAUUCUUGAGCGCCUCCAGCUCACAGCUGACUCUUUUCCACUCGUCAAGAUGCUUGAAGGAGGAACGUGGAAGGCUGGUCGUAUAAUUGCGAAGGAAAAACGCGCUGAUGGUGGCUCACCGAUCAAAAUUAAGAGUGAUGGUACUGUCUUUUAA